AUGAACACGACCCCGCGGAUCGCGCAGAGCUCGACACGGCACAGCCCAUCGCGAUGGGCGUGCCUCCUCUGCCAAUAUGCCCGCCCUCGGCCUCGACAGAGCCCCACUGUCCACGGCUUGCGCAGGCAAUCGUCGAGCUCGACUUCGCAGAGGCCAGGGCCGCAGCAGGCCCGCGCGCCUUCGAUGGAGCAGAUAAGGGCGCAUUAUAGCAGGAAGAACCAGACGGUGGCAUACUACACCCUGAGCUUGAUCCUGGGAACUGUGGCCUUGUCGUACGGCUCGGUGCCCAUGUACAAGAUGAUUUGCCAAACCACAGGCUGGGGCGGCCAACCCGUCCGCGCCCACGGCGGUUCCUACGAGGGCGACCUGGCGAGCCGUCUAGUCCCCGUCACGUCGGCCAACCGCAUUCGCGUCACGUUCAACGCCUCCGUCUCGGACGAGCUGCCGUGGAAAUUCGUCCCGCAGCAGCGCGAGGUGCGCGUCCUCCCGGGCGAAACGGCCCUCGCGUUUUACACGGCCGAGAACAGGGGCAGCAAGGACAUCAUCGGCGUGGCAACGUACAGCGUGACGCCCGCGCAGUGCGCGCCCUAUUUCAGCAAGAUCCAGUGCUUCUGCUUCGAGGAGCAGCGGCUCAACGCUGGCGAGACGGUCGACAUGCCCGUCUUCUUCUACCUCGACCCGGAUCUGCUCAAUGAUUUAAACAUGAAGGGCGUGGAAACGGUCACGCUCAACUACACAUUCUUCAAAGCGAGAUACGACAACAAUGGUAGAUUCAAGGCGCCGGCUAUGAUAUGA